UCGACGCCGGCUGCGAAUUUCAUCCACAAGUGCAGUCAUUCUUCAGCCCAACGCGGCGUAGUGCGAGACACCGACUGCCGAGCUAGAGAAAGGUGCCUUUGAAAAACGCCGCUUUGACUUGUCUCUCUGGAUUCUGGAUCCGGUUGGUUUGCCGCUCCGUCCGAACCCCUCUCCACCUCGAGGAUCCCAUGUUUGGACACAAUAGCGCAAACUUGCUCUCUGCGAAGAGCCAUGGCGUUUCCCUCCCUUCGGCAUGUCAUUCGUCGACCGUCAUGAGACAUGGCUGAUGAACGAACAGAUUGGGGCUUUCUGCGGAGGACUCGGACGGGUCUAACCAGGAUCCACCAAAUCCAUCAUCCCGUUCGAGGUUGCUCCUUCACUCGACUUGGAGCCGUGGAGCUAGCACUCGGCCUCGUCAAGGGGUGAGGGUCGUUCACACGGACAAUCCUGCGGCCCCGGGUCCAGCCUCAUCUGCUGCAUCGAGCGCCGCCGCGGCACAUGCAAACAGGGGGCGCUAAGUAGACUGGCACUUGAUAUAUGACUGGGACGAACGUUCCUGACAAGACCUGCAUCGUCACUGUCUUGCUCGCUCUUUUUUUUCCACACAAGUUGCACACCAGAGGCUGUAACUCCAACACGAAGUUCUGCUUGACAUGGACGUAAUCAAAGAAAGAAAUACGAGAAGGGAGGAGGAUGAUACCGAAAGUCAAACGACCAAGCCGUCCAAGUUCACCCUCCACUUCCCCGAGUGGUUGAUCUGGUACAAGAAGCCCGAGUAUCGGGAUUUCAAAGAGUAUGCUGCCGCUAUCAGGUCUGGAAGCAGGCCCUUGAGCAGGGACGGACGAGACAAGAGUCCCAUCCCGGCACGGUUGAGUUUGGAAAAGGUUCUCGCGAACGAGACAUGCUCUCCCAUGUCACUGUAUGACUUUUACAUGUAUCUCAAGUACAUCGAGUUCUCCCCUGAGAACCUCGAGUUUUUCGUUUGGUUCCGCAACUACCAAGCGUCAUACGCAAAGACAGGAAGCCUCAAUAACUUCUCCCUCGGCGAGAAGGAAGUCGAGAAGUCAACCUCAUCUAGGAAUAGCUUGACGGACAGCGCCAUCGACACAGCCGCCCUUAAGCUCCCAUCUAUCCAAAUGUCCGAGUUCGAAUGUGAUCCCGAUGCAGCCGACGAGACCAUGAACAACAUCGUGCACCUCAUCGCCCCGGAAUCCGCCUGCCAGCCCAACAGUAGAGUCGGUCCGACCGGUCGCGACCGCAUCAGGUCAUGGGCCAACGCCUGCGCGAAGCCCGUCUGCUCCAACAGCGCCCCCAACGUCAUCCCGGCCCGCAUUGCCCCGAAUUCCGCAUACCGCGCCGAGCUCAAUGCCGUCGUCAAGAACUUUCUCCUGCCCGGGUCGGAGAAGGAGCUCAACAUCCCGCCCGCGCUGCGCGACCAGGCCCUCCUCGACCUCCAGCACUCGUCCGACCCGGCCCACCUCAAGCCCAUCGCCGACCACGUCUACGGCCUGCUCAAGAACUGCUCGCAUCGCAACUUCGUGAGACUCGGCGUCUCCAACGGCACCUUUGAGACGCUUUGCAUGGCCACCAGCAUGGGUAUCGUCCUCACCAUCGCCGGCUUCCUCUGCGUCCUCCUCCGUGCUUUCGUGCCGUUCAUGGGCGCCCACAGCCGAUGGAACGCCUUCGCACCCUGGCCCCUCUGGUUCGUCGGCAUGUCCCUCAUCCUGUCGGGCCUGCGCGGUAGCUGCUUCUUCCUGCUCCUCUUCACGAGGCGCCAGCCCCUUCCCUGGGAGCGCUUCGACGACAGCGCCUCGCUCCUGUCGCAGCGCACGGGGCUCAUGAAGUUCCUCUCGCGGAUGAUGAUCUUUGACCGCAAGAUCCGGGUCAAGGACGUCCACCUCCGGCGGCUGCAGCACAAGAUCGUGCUUCAGGCCAUGGUCGGAGGCGCCGUCUUUUCGAGCUUGAGCGUGUUGCUGUUCGUGCUGCUGCCGGUCUGGUCACAGACGACAAAGUUGGGCAUCUGAGGGGGCGGAAGGCGCGGUUCUUGACAGUUAAAAAGUGCUGCUGGAGUUCUAUGUGGAAGGUUCCUAAUAACGGUAAUGGUUAUCCAGCGCUUGAUAUCCCGGGGCGGCCAAAAUCGGACUAUUGUCUCUUCAUCUCGUCAAUCAAAAGAUUAGUCAGUUCAUCAAAAUUUCAUUGCUUAGCCUCGAAGACAAGCUGGUGAAAGGAUACACUUGACAUGAUCGUCUCAUAUCCCGGCCGAUAGUUGACGACUCCAACUUGGUGUUGCUUCCGGGUUCCAAGUCAAAGACUUGGGCGACACACAAGUUUGUAUUUAGCGAAAGGGAUCCCCUUUUCAUGUUCACCGACAGCUAUCAAGCCCCAAGAUCACCGAAAUGAUUACAACUGCUCUCAUUCCCGAGUUUGACUUCCGGUUUGUCUCCCGGUUUCUACCUUCUGUACCCCAUUCUUAGAAGCCGCACAAUAUUUCCGUCGGAACGAGGUCCUUCUCCUCUUUCCGCUGACGAUCAUUGUAGUCAGUGACAAUGCUAUGCCAAGCCUCGCGGCGCUGAUAUUUGCAUUCCAUGGUGGCCGUCCUGAGGCCAUUUGGCUCCGACCGCAAAAUCUCCUUCUCUCGCUCCGGCUGCCUGACGCGCUUCGAAAGUUUCAGGUCAUCCAUGGUGAGAGGAUCCUUGACCUGCAAAGUGAGUCUUUGGAAGCUUAUGUUUCAGGAAAGCGUCCAGCUGCUCGUCUUAGAUCCCCUAACUUUCGUUCGUAUUCGGCGUAGACAGAGAGUAUGUGCCUCGCGGUGGCGAGAGCUAUAGGAAUGGGUACAAUACCGGCGCCAAAAGCAGCCGAGCCGCUUUCGAGAAGAAGCAGAAGACGAGGGUUUCCCUCUGUGGCAAGCUCAAUCCAGCGGUCGACGAGGCCCCAGAGCCUGGUAUAUGUUGGAAUGAUUUUCCUCGGGGGUUGGAAGACUGUUGGAUUUUGAGAAGGUUGAUACGAGCCUUAUCGCAGACAAUUAUCCCGUAGGAGAGGUCAUGCUUGCCAUUGACCUCGUGAAGAGAGGCCCAGGCUGGGUCGGUGAAAACGAGACGUUAGAGAAUCCCCUUGUACAGCUUGGGGGUUAGGACUUAAGCGCAGACGACUUUGCCGGUAAUUUGUCCCAGGGAAGGACCGCACUUGAACUCGGCCAGCACAGCUUCGUAGACGUCGCCCAGACUCUCGGCGACGCAAUCAUGGUCGUUAAGAAACUCGUAAGAACGGUUGAAGGCCGGCGUUGUCUAGUGAUAAGGGUUGACGCGGAGGGGCCUUCACUACUGCUUGUGAUUCAGUCCCAGGAUGGUAUCCCGGAGAGUGAAAACCGGCCGGUUCGGGUUUUGUUGUUAUGAUUUUGCGGUUGUUUUCUCGUUCCCGAGGGUCGCCGGGUCCGAUCCAGGAGUGAUUGCAGUGUCGACAACCAUGUCUCUCUGAUUUGCAAGAUUAAGCCGAAUCCAAUGUAUUGAUGAGAUUCCGGCACUUCCAAGCUAAGGCCGGCAAGUUAUUGUGACAUUGGAAUCAUUACGGAGCGGCUGGAUGGCUUGCAGAAGGGAUGAUCUUCGCAGUGGAAUGAUGGCAUCGACUCACCCGUUCUCUCCAUACGGCCUCUUUCUCCUGAACCCAACUGUGAGUCACCGACCCCUUUGGCCCAACCUUGAAGUCCAACCUUGAAGUCCAAACCAUCCCAUCAGCGUAGACAUCUC